AUGAAGCUGGGAUGGAUACAGCUGGGUGCAGGUUUGUGGCGCUUCCCAGAAGCAGCUUGCAGCUGCCGCCUCAUGUCUAAUGCAGUUGCUUCGCCGCAGCUAUCCGCAGCUUACACCAACCAAAGGCGACAAGAGUCCGGCACUGGUUACCUUGAAAGACGUAUUCAAAAGGCGAACACAUCCCACUGCGCUGCCCGAAAGCUACCGGGGCCUAAAGAGUACUUACGCCGAGAUUUGCCGCUGGACGCGUGGCCAGCAGACGUUGUUUGCCAUGCAGGCAUCACAGACUUGCUAGUUGACCUGCAUGUCAUCCUCUUGGUGUGGGAAAAGAUUGGCCGGCUUGAUGUGUCUGACAUUCCGUUGAACGUAUCGGUGAUUCACACGCCCAGAACCCGCAAGAUCGAUGCAUGGUUGUUGCAUCUGACUUCAACGGCUGUAGCAGCAUACGACUAUGUGUGGCUGGCAGAUGGAGACGUGAAAACCUCGGACGUGAACUGGUUUGCUUUCUGGACGAAUAUGCUGUUGUCCUGGUAUUUUCAGCCACAGGUUGCUCAACCUGCCAUCGUGGCCUUCGACAAGGGGAAGGUUCACUGGAGACACUGGAGAAAAAGUGCCAUAGUCAAGAAAUUUCACAGAAGCACCCAGACACGUGGAAGCGAUCACACGGUACUGCAAAUACCGGAAGAUGACGAGGAUGACGUGUGGGCCAUUGAUCCCACCUUGAUUGCCGCCGAGGUGGGGAUCGUCGAGAUAAUGACGCCUGUGCUCACCCCCAGGGCUUGGUUGGCCAUGAGGGAAGCACUUGUCAGUAACAGCAAGGCCAUGCAAUGGAUUACCCAAGGCGCCACAUGGUGCGUGGAUGUCAAGUGGUGUCAGUUGGCUCGCACAUCUGUGCUGGGCUUGGAAGUCGCAGGGGAACCGGACGUCGGUAUCGGGGCUUUGGCCCAAAGGUUCAUUCAACAACAAUCCAGCCAUUUUCGCUGGCUUUGGCCUACUGGCGAGCGGCACUGGGACUCUUACUUGGACUUUAAGAAGCAGAUGGAAAGGCUGUUUAUGCGAGACAGUGAAGGACCCCUGUGCGUCAUCACAAUUUUCAGUCACUGA